AUGAGCUCAAUCUCGAAUACCAGAGUUCCAUUAGUCAAACCACCUGUAAAGUCAGUGGAGGACAAGAAAGCCAACGAAUACGGACCUUUAACCUCCAAGAACUACCUGCAUGAAGCUACCUCGCGACAGGGUGAGCCACUUCAAGAACUGGUGCUAGAUACCCCACCUUAUUAUGUGGUAGUUAUCACGUACCUGAACUACCUGAUCCUUAUCAUUUUGGGCCACAUCCAUGACUUUUUAGGACUAACAUUUCAAAAAGAGCGUCAUCAAGACAUCAUGGAAAAGGACGGCUUGGCGCCUUGGUUUUCCAAAUUUGAAAGUUUCUAUCUACGGAGACUCAAAUUGCGUAUCGAUGACUGUUUUUCGAGGCCCACAGCAGGAGUUCCCGGAAGGUUUAUCACUUGCAUCGAUCGCAUCUCUCACGACCUCAACAGCUACUACACGUAUCCCGGUACUGUCACUAUGUGUUUGAAUCUCUCAUCAUACAACUACCUGGGCUUUGCCCAGAGCGAAGGACCUUGCACCUCCAGCGCUCUGGAAAGCGUUGACCACUACGGAGUGUGUGCGGGAGGUCCUCGAACCCAACUAGGAACGUCAGAUCUGCAUAUUGAAACCGAGAAAUUGGUAGCUAAGUUCGUCGGUAAGGAAGAUGCCAUGGUCUUCUCUCAAGGUUACGGUUGCAACGCCAACUUUUUUAAUUCCAUUUUGGACCCAAAAUGUUUAGUUAUUUCGGAUGAAUUAAACCACACCUCCAUUAGGACCGGUGUCCGUCUCUCGGGCGCCACUGUGAAAGCCUUCAAGCACAACAAUAUGGAGAUUUUGGAGAAAUUGAUUAAGGACCAAAUAAUCAGCGGACAGCCCAAGACCCACAGACCUUGGAAAAAGAUUCUCAUUUGCGUUGAGGGUCUGUUCUCUAUGGAGGGAACGAUGUGUGACUUGCCUAAACUUGUGGAAUUAAAAAAUAAGUACAAAUGCUACUUGUUUUUGGACGAAGCGCACUCAAUUGGGGCUAUUGGAUCUCGCGGACGAGGGGUUUGUGAUUAUUUCAACAUCAGUCCCUCUAAUAUAGAUGUCAUGAUGGGUACAUUUACUAAAUCUUUUGGCGCUGCCGGUGGGUACAUCGCGGCCGACAAAAACAUAAUUGAUAGACUGAGAUGCGAUCUGACUACGACAAACUAUAGUGAAUCUGUUCCUGCUCCAGUUUUGGCACAAACAUGUACUUCUUUGAAAAUUAUCGCAGGUGACUUGAAUCCUGGUGAGGGUGUCGAAAGACUUCAGCGUAUCACUUUCAACUCGAGGUAUUUGCGUUUGGCUCUGAAAAGACUGGGUUUCAUUGUUUAUGGGGUUGCUGACUCUCCUGUCGUUCCCAUGCUUUUAUACGCACCAUCCAAAAUGCCCGCUUUCUCAAGGAUGAUGCUGCAAAGGAAAAUCGCGGUAGUUGUCGUCGCAUACCCUGCAACGCCAUUGAUUGAAUCUCGUGUUAGAUUUUGCGUGUCAUCUGCUUUGACCAAGGAGGAUAUUGACUACUUGUUGCGUCACGUCAAUGAAGUUGGCGAAAAGCUUUUCCUGAAGGUAAGCACUGGUAAAUCUAGCGUCUCACGCAACGGUAAGCCUCACAAGUGGGACAUCGAGGAAGUUAUCAGAUUAACACCUGCUGAUUGCAAAGACGACAAAUAUUUUGAAGAGUAG